UUCACCUUCUAGUGUGUGGUCUGGUCAAUAUACUGUAGCCACGUUAUUGUGACUCAUCGCCUGCAAAAAGCAAGAUAUAAUAAAAAGGGAGUUUAAAGGCGUCAAUAACUAAUACGAACACAAAAGCCGCGAGAAGUCAAGAGAACAACAGCAUCAUCUGGCCGAGGUGUAAAGGAACGCCGGUGUCGGCGCAGCUUCGGGUUGCCCGUGGACCAGAAUAGCCAGAGAACACGAGACGACCUUAACCACAGGAGGAAGAAGGAUCACAUAAUGGCCCAGUACGGUGAUGGUCUGAAGAGCCACCAGGGCCAUCAUGGCGGUAAAGGCCAUUAUAGACACGAGGUCUAUACUGGAAAGAUACGAGACUACAAAGUCAGUUAUGGCCAAGAUAACAGCAAGAAAUAUAGUCAUGAUCACAAGAAAUAUAACCAAGAUGAUCACGAGAAAUAUAAUCAAGAUGAUAGCAAGAAAUAUAGCAAAUAUAGACACAUGAGAUAUAGCCAUGUCCAUAUGAAAUAUGGCCAAGAUAACCGCAAGAAAUAUAUUCAAGAUGCCGACAAGAAAUAUGGCCAAGAUAACAAUAAGAAAUAUGGCCAAGAUAACCACAAGAAAUAUGGCCAAGAUAACCAAAAGAAAUAUGACCAAGAUAACCAAAAGAAAUAUGGCCAAGAUGCCCACAAGAAAUAUGGCCAAGAUAACCAAAAGAAAUAUGACCAAGAUAACCAAAAGAAAUAUGGCCAAGAUAACAAUAAGAAAUAUGGCCAAGAUGCCCACAAGAAAUAUGGCCAAGAUGCCCACAAGAAAUACGGCCAAGAUAACCACAAGAAAUAUGGCCAAGAUGCCCACAAGAAAUACGGUCAAGAUAACCACAAGAAAUACGGCCAAGAUAACCACAAGAAAUAUGGCCAAGAUAACCACAAGAAAUAUGGCCAAGAUGACCACAAGAAAUACGGCCAAGAUAACAACAAGAAAUAUGGUCAAGAUAACAAUAAGAAAUAUGGCCAAGAUGACCAAAAGAAAUAUAACCAAGAUAACCACAAGAAAUAUGGUCAAGAUAACCACAAGAAAUACGGGCAAGAUAACCACAAGAAAUAUGACCAAGAUAACCACAAGAAAUAUGCCCAAGAUGCCCACAAGAAAUACAGGCAAGAUAACCACAAGAAAUAUGGCCAAGAUAACAACAAGAAACAUGGCCAAGACGACCACAAGAAAUAUGACCAAGAUAACCACAAGAAAUAUGGCCAAGAUAACCACAAGAAAUACGGGCAAGAUAACCACAAGAAAUAUGACCAAGAUAACCACAAGAAAUAUGCCCAAGAUGCCCACAAGAAAUACAGGCAAGAUAACCACAAGAAAUAUGGCCAAGAUAACAACAAGAAACAUGGCCAAGACGACCACAAGAAAUAUGACCAAGAUAACCACAAGAAAUAUGGCCAAGAUAACAACAAGAAACAUAGUCAAGAUACACACAUAACAUACGUUAAAAAUUCCAGUCACUGGCAGCAUGAUCAUGGUUUGAACAUUUGUGUUCACCAUUUAUCACGUUACAUCUCAAACCCUCCUCAAGUGACAUUAUUACACACCAAAACCAAACACUAAUCAAUUAAUUUCAUGCGCUAUGGUACCCAGAGUACAAAAUAAUGUCGUAGGAUGGACAGUAGCGGCUCAGAAAUAUCCUCGUUUCCCCUGCGUAGGAUGGAUAGGUCAGGUAGGUGGUGUGGCUCCGUGCUUUUUAGUACCCUUUAUUUUGUACGUGGUGGCAAAUCUAGAGAACUGUCUGGGUCACACCGGGAUCGCGGCUGCCGGUCGAGCGGGAAAACUUUCGUCGUUCAAGCGUACCUGGGCGGACUUCGAUCUCGUGUACUUCCUUGAAGGUAAGCUGCUUGGGCACUCUUGAGUCGGAAGUCGCUCCAUGCAGUCUUCAGGGCUCCGGGAGCUGCUUCCGCUUGCUGGCGGCGUAAUACCCAUCGGUAAUACACUACAAUUACCCUUGGUCGCUCUCUCCGGUUCCGCCUCAACAGCCACUCGAACUCUUGAGAGCUUCAGGCACAUCGACAGACUUUAAGAAAAAAAAGAACCCUUUCGGCUUCAUUCAUGUAUGUAGUGAGGCAGCUCUUGUGCGGCUUUCCUGACGUCUGUGACUCGGGUCUAAGAUGCCUCGAGAGACCGCCUUCAAAAGCACUACAGAACUUCGGAAACUUCAAGUCUUUCUAAGAAGACAUUCUGAUUUUGACUCUUUAACUGUCUCGUGGUAUUCAUUGUGUGACUACCAAAACAUUCUUCAGUAUGCACAAUGAUUCCUCCUCAAAUACGGAAGCCUGAUCAACAAGGAACAUGAGAUAUAUAUAUAUAUAUAUAUAUAUAUAUAUAUAUAUAUAUAUAUAUAUAUAUAUAUAUAUAUAUAUAUAUAUAUAUAUAUAUAUCGGGCUUGAGAUCAGGAAAACAUUUUAAACAGACAUGACAUUAAGUGUACAAUUUUCAGGCCAAUAAAGUGUAAAUUAUAUGA